GUUUAUCUUAUACCUUGCAGUUAGUUCAUUGCAUUCUUAUCUAAAACGCAAAAUUUAUCCAUUUAUAAACUCAUUUUAUUCGGCGCUUUGCCAUCAAAGUCAUGCGCUUUCUAUAAGCUACACAGCUUAGUUUAUCGUUAAAUAUCACUGAAUUUGUAAGUUAGUUGCUUUAAAAGUAUUUCAUAUUGGAAAUGAGUACAAAACUUAUGAUUUCUGUAGCAUUUUUGCUCAUAUCAAUUGUCAUCUCGGUGUCUACACAGUCAACAAGUUCAACAGAAUCAACUGCUUCCACGGCAUCGACAAGCUCAACAGCUAGCACGGAGACGACGAGCUCUACAGCUAGCACGGCAUCGACAAGCUCAACAGCUAGCACGGAGACGACGAGCUCUACAGCUAGCACGACAUCGACAAGCUCAACAGCUAGCACGGAGACGACGAGCUCUACAGCUAGCACGGCAUCGACAAGCUCAACAGCUAGCACAGCGUCAACGUCUUCUACUGCACCAACAGCGCCAACGGCCACCACAACACAAGAACCAUCAAAUUAUUGUACACAGCUAAAUGCCAGAGAUAAAACGAGAUAUGCCGCGCCAUGGACUUCAAAUUGUAUAUGGUAUGCUUAUUGCUUCUAUCGUUCAGGAACUCUAACAGGCUCAUACUACAAAUGUCCUGGAACCACAUUAUUCAAUAAUCAAACCGGCUAUUGUCAAGCAUCUUACACGUGUCCAUCUGGUCAAUAAUUAUUUAUAAAAAAAAUGUGAAAAUAAUGGGAAUAAAAACAAUUCAAGUAAUAAUGAAA